CUGUCGUCGUGACUUUGUUGCAGUGGUCAAUGUUUUGUUCAGCAAAGGCUGUAGCAUCCAGCUUUGAAGGAUUCCUGUCAAUUGAGGCUCGAGGUCUGCACAUUCGCAUUGCCAUAAGAAGUGUAUCUGUCGGUCGACGAGAGCACGGGAAGUCGAUCGAAGCAGCAGCCAUCAAGCCAUCGUUUUGCCUCCCCAAUUUCCAGGGAAUUCCACAACAAACACAACUAUUCCCAGUUUUUGAACCAAGAGAGGAGUUGAUUGUUGAAGAUCAUUCGUGAAGUGAGAGCGUCGAGAUGGGUCUCCAAGUUGUGAAUGUAGAAGGCAUCGACUUCGCCACCAAGUUCGCACCUCCGACAUCUUCCACCGAGCUGGACUUGAUCGGCCAUGGCAACACGGGAAUGGAGAUUGAGACUGUGGAAAUCAGGUUUACUGCCAUGGGCUUCUACGCAGAGCCAAGCAUCAGCGAGCAUUUACAGAAGUGGAAGGGCAAGGCAGUCAGCGAGCUUGUUGAGGACGACAGUGGCUUUCACAAGGAACUCAUCCAAGUUCCGGUGGAGAAGGCGGUGCGAAUCUCCAUCAUCAAAGGGAUCAAGGGCCUCCCCUAUGGCAGCGCCCUGCAAUCUUCCUUGAGGGAUCGGCUAGUGAAUGACGACAAGUUCGAAGAGGAGGAAGAAGAAGCUCUGGAAAAGCUCGUUGAAUUUUUCCAGCCGCACAAUUUGCCAAAGGGUGCCAACAUUAUUUAUCACUGGGCAACCCCCGACACUGUCAAGAUUUCUCUCUCUGAGGAGGGUAAAAUCCCCGACGAGGUAUCUUACACGAUCGAGGAUGCUAAUGUGGCGGAAGCAUUGUUAGACCUUUACUUGGGCGAGAACACAAUCACACCCUCUACCCUCUCCUCAGUAGCUGAAGCCAUUGCUGCCCAGGUUGCAUGAGAAAGAUACGAAGGCUUCCAGAUACCAAGAUGCAACGAAGGUCAAGGCUGUCAAGCUCUUGUUUGUACAUGAGAAUAUUGAACAGUGUCUAGCUACAAAACCUUGCGCUUACUUUCUUCUAAACCUCAUAAUGUCCAGUAGAAUAUUAGGGCACAACAAGAAGGAAUUAUUCAUUUAUUUACAGUACAACCCGAUAAACUUAGCGUAGGUGUGAUGACUAUUUCAGCCUGUGGUUUUUAUGAAAACUACCACCGCUUGUAUCUCUACAUGCUGCAAACUCACUUAUUGGUUAUAAUCACAUCAGCAUUAUUUCAA